ACGCAAACGCCACACAGAAAAUGCAGACAAAAGGCAUGCAUGACACAGUUUCACUCAUACCCAACCAAAAGAAUUCAAGCAUGUAGUUGAUUGUUUUUAAGUGUCUUCUCGAACUAAAAAUGAAUAAAUAUGUGAAGAUUGAUGUCUAUAAUUCAUGCUUAAUUACAAUCGGGUUCCCUGAGGGUGCAGAGCUUCUCAGUGUUUGUUGGUUUGAAAUCAAUGGGAGGACCAGUACUUGCAAGCUUUCUUCAAUGACACAUUAUAAGGCAUACCUUGUGUUCAAACUGGCAGCUAGAUUUUAUGGAUUUACAAAUGAACCUGUAGAAGCCACUGUCCGACUUAGUGGAACUGAAGGUUUGCAGCGAACUGUGUUUCUGCAUGCAGAAGUUGAAGAUGUACAAAAUGAUUACCGGUACCCAGUAGAGAGGGGAGAUGGUUGGCUAGAGCUAGAGUUGGGUGAAUACUUCAAUGAAGGAGGUGAAGAUGACCAAUUGGAAAUACGAAUUUUUCAUUUCAAUGGUAGCUGGAAGAUAGGUGUCAUUAUUGAAGGCAUCGAAAUCAGGCCAAAUUAGCAGGACAUGACAAGAUCUUCUUCCACCGUGUGUAUUUUGUGUGGGAAAACAUUGCUCCGCGUGUUAAAUUACGAUUGUCAUGCAGUAGUCUUCAUAAAGACUAUAUGAGUUC